AUGGCUGGGGAGUGUGGGGGAGGCAAGGAAAUGCUUGCCACUCACUUGGACCUGCAACCUGGUGUCUGCAUAAAUAUAGUGGGAGAUAUUCCACCUGAUGCCAAGGACUUUAGAAUUGAGCUGGGCAAGGACUUAGCUAACAUUGGCCUCCACUUCAACCCACGCUUCAAAUACGCUAAGGAUACCAAAAUCAUCGCCUACAACUCCAGGAAUGAUUACAUAUGGGGCAACGAAGUAAAAGUGAAAAAAUUCCCCUUUGUGCCAGGGAGCACAGCAGAGAUUAACAUAACCUUUGAAGGGAAGCAGUUUAAACUGAAGCUGCCUGAUGGCUCCGAGUACACUUUUCCUAAUCGUCUGAACUUAGAAUCAAUCAACUUCUUGGGAAUCACUCAUGACUUCAACCUCAGAUCAUUGUCCUUCCAAUGA